CUAUUUUAAUUGUGCUUUUUGCAGCUCUCUUCUCUAGCGUCUUUGUUAGCACAAUGAGUAUCGGUGGUGGUAUAAAUGGACUCUUCAGAAGAGAUUUACUGGAUGCAUGUAAAAGUAAUGGUGAUUGUUCUUCUCCCGAUGAAGUAUGUGGUGCUAAUAAAGUGUGCCUUCUUAAUCAAGGAGCAGAUUGCGGCCACAUCUUCAGUGAGUCUCUUUGCGUAACUUCUAUUUGUCGUAUUUUUGGAAGUGAUAGCUCCAAAUGCCAACUUACUGAUACUCGUCCUACUGGAGAUCGUUGCUUAGUGGAUGAAGCAUGCGAGA